UCACGAAAGGAUACAGAUAGGUACAGGACCAUAGCUUGGAUGACGAAACGGUGAGAACGGUGAACAACACAACUUGAUCGUUGGUUGGUCUUAUGCCUAGGUGUCUUGGGAGCUUGGCUACUCAGCCACCCGGGGACGCCGUUGUGUGUCAAAAGACUUGGUUGAAGAUCACGACGGAUACAAGCACCAUAGUAAUGCUAUUUUCACAGCCGUGUGCCAAUGGCUAUAUCAAGAAUCAUGUUGCUGGUUGCGGCAUGAUCGUCAUUCGGAUGUCUUGCAGCAAAACGUUAACCAAUAACCAUCCUAUGCGCAAGUCCUUCUUUAUCAGCACCUCCGGGCUCGCCGAACACGAUCCUCGGAUGUGUUGCCAGAGAGCGGGCGGGAAGAACCGCUUGAACGAUGUGUCAUGGCAGCGGAGAACGGUCUCGCAGGAUUAUAACCAGUCUUCGCUUCCAACUCUCCAAGCCAUGGCCACAACACCUCUAACAACUUAGAGUCUAGUUGAGGAACAAAAGCCGACAAACCUGACGCCCCAUCAAAUGCAUCUUUGGUCUUUCAUUGAUUCAACUCCUUGUAUCAUCUUUGAAGAACAACGCCCACCGAAAUCCCUGGUUUGAGUUUAUGUUCCAAAACUUCUUCCUCAGCUGACAACUCGUUUCAGCACUUGUGGGGAUCC